CUAACAUUUACAAAAAAAAAAUUCUAACAAAAAUGAGGACUUUUACUUGUAAUGAAGUAUUUUCUCAUGGUUGUAUUAUUAACCAUAAACAUGCGCAUGAAUAAGUACCUACAUUUAUAAACAAAGAAUAUAAUUUACAUAUUACAUAUAUCAAACAGACUGAAGGCUGUACUAUGAGUAUUAUUACAAGUAUUGCUACGAGUACUUCCUCUUCUGUAACCUGCUUAUUGGAGGAGAUCAGUGUGAUGUCAUCGUCUGGUCAUGUGACUCCUAAACCAGACUAAGAGGAUUAUUGUUUCCUCUUCAGUCUCUGCUUGUUUUUAUUCCCACAGAGGAGAGAGAGAGGCUGUGGAUGAACAGAUGAUUGAUUGAUUGAUUGAUUGACAGAUGAAGCUGAAGGCAUGCGUGGUGUUUCUGCUGCUGACCUGCUGCGUCCGUCUGCAGAUAGUCGACUGCCAUCUGCCCGACUUCACACCUGCACCACCUCGGCUGCAGGUUGAAGUUUCUGAGUCAGACGUCGUCACUUCUCUGAAGAAGAACCAGAAAAACGGACUCAGUCGACUUCCUGGACUGUGUCGGCGGCUGAAGAGACGCAGAAUCACCGUCCUGUGUAACAGGGAGAAUUUCUGUUGGAGGGGGCGGAGCCAGAGGACAGGGUCUGUCCAGGUGUGUCUCUGUCCGCGGGGCUCCAGGUGUUCACAUUUCUUCCUCCACAGUCUCUGAAACGACACCGUUGUUUCAUACUAUUAUAGUAAUAUAGUUUAAUACUAUUAUAAUAAUAUUGUUUAAUACUAUUAUAAUAAUAUUGUUUAAUACUAUUAUAAUAUUAUAGUUUAAUACUAUUAUAAUAAUAUUGUUUAAUACUCGUGUGCUCUGAGAUGACUGCUGUGUGUGGAUUCAUGGACUCAUGAGAGUAUUAAAGUAUAGUAUGUAUAUAUAUUUUAUUUAUUUUUUAUUUUUUUGGUACUGAGUUGUCGUUGUUUUCUUUUAGAAAAUAAAAAAAUAAAAUAAAAAACACGUUCCUAUGAAAUAUGUGUACAUGACGAAUUUUUGGAAGUGUUAUUUGACUCUAUGAUGCUUUUUUUAAUUGUGAAAACGCACAUCAGAUGAAAUUUACAUAAUGAAUUUGAUUAAUAUCUUAGCAAAAUAUUAAGUCCAUAAAAUAAUACGGCUUAA